AUGGAAGAUAAAAUAAAUAAACUUUUUGCAUUAUUCAAUGAUUUCAAAAAUCAGCAACUCUUUAGCUUGGCUCUGGCUUAAAUAGUAAAUGUCUAUAAUGAUUACCCUGCCUGUCUAUAUUAAAUAUUAAGAAAAACAAAUAAAUUAAUAUAUUCAAGAUCCCAAGAUCCUCGACUCAGAUUAGAACAUUCUUAAAUUGCUGCUGCAAUAAUUGAAAGAACAUACAAGAUCUACAAGUAAUUAAUUUUUAAUUAAAUAUAGUGAACGACUUGAAGAAUAUUUAUUAUCAUCAUCUAAUGACUCCAUUCCUGAAAAUUUGUUUCAUUUUGAACCAAUAUUAGAUCAAUAAGUAGAGGAUGCUAUGUAAUAAGAGUAAAUUAGAGAUUAUGAAGAAAUUAAAUCAAAUAUUAAGUUAAAAAGUGAAUAAAUUGAUUUCAUUCAUUUAAUCAAUGAUGGAAGUGCAAUUCUUGGAAAAGACAUGAAAUAUUUAAAAAGAUCAUAAGAGAAUAAAAAUUAAAAAUUAGAUGAUGAAACUUUGGAUAUUAAAUAAGAAGAAAUAAUGAGAUUAAUGGGUUUGUCUGGGAAUUUUAAUUUAUCAAAUGUUACUAGAUUAUUGGAAUUUAUGUAAGGAGAUGCAGAGAUACCUAUAGAUAUGCAUUCAUCUUCUGAUGAAAUUGUAGAGAGUUCUAGUGAUGAUGAUGCAGUAGGUUAAUAUAAAAGAAAAAAUAAAACUAAAAAUAAAUAACAAGAAACUAAUUUAAAAAAGAAACCAUCUACUUAAAAGAAGAAUUAAAGUACAAAAUAUUGUGUAAUAAACCCUUUUAAUGUAAUUUAUAAUAGAGCAGUUUAUGAAUUAAUGAAUCAUAAAUGGUAAGAAAGACAUGCAAGUGCUCUGGUUUUGAAAUCUAUUGUUAGACAAAAAGGAUUUUUAAAUUUGGGAUUCAGUUAUUUGAUAAAAGGUGAUGAAAAGGAAAUUAAUGGAAUUUUGAGAAGUAGUUUAAUUGAAUAUAUAAGUGAUAAAAAUGGUUAAUUAAAUAAAUUAGAAUAUUUAUUGACAAGAUGUUGUGUAUUAAUUGUAAUGGAUAGAUUUGCAGAUUAUUUUGGAAAUUAAACUAUUAUGAUUGUAAGAGAAGCAGCAUGUUAAACUGCUAUUACACUUUUAACAGAUAGAAAUUAUAAUACUAAUAUUUGGAUUCAUUAUCCUGAUAGCUUUAUGAAAUUUGUACUUUUAUUGAAAGAUUUUAUUGAAGAAGGUUAAAGAGUGUAAAUAUAUGAAGUCUCUUAAAGUGCUUUAUUUUUAGUAAAAGGUUUAUUAAAAGAUCAUUUGUAAGUAAUUUUUGAUAAUUUUUCAGAAAUGCUUUUGUAGGUAGGUUAAAGAGAUAAUGAAGAUGAGAUUCUAGAAUUAUUAGCAGAUAUAUGGAAAGAAUUUUUAUAAUUAGGUUUAAAUUAGAAAUAUUUUAAUACUGUUUAUUCAAUUACUAUGGAAUAAUUAAAAAAAUAAGAUGAUAUCAGUUUUGCUGGAAAAUCAAUAUUUUAAUUUCUAGGUGCUCUAUUUCAUAUAGGUUUUAAAAUACAAAAAUAAUUUUAAGGAGAAAUAGAUAUUUUAAAAAAGUUCUUUUUUCAUAGAAUUGUAGAGGUCAAAGAAUAAUUUUAUAAAUAUUUAUUAGCUUUUUCAAAAUAACAAACAUAAAAAUAAAAUGAUCAUAGAACAAUAAAUUUUAUGAAAAUUAUAUUUUAGACUGGAAUAUUUGAAGAGAAACCAGAAACAUUUUAAACAUUAAUGAAUAUACUUGAAUAAUUAUCUAAACAUUUAGAAGAAGAAUAAUUAUACGAAUUUAUUUAAUUUGUUCAUAAUUUCUCUACUGAUCAUUAAUUUAAGAAAUAUUUUUAUUUAUUUGAUGGUAUGAAACGAGAAUCAAUAGAUAUACAUUAUCCAAAUUUAUCUCAAUAAUCUUAGAGUCCAAUUGAUAAUUAAACAUAUAGAAUGAUUAAAUCUGCUUAUUUAAUUAAAGAUAUUAAUUAUAACCAUUAAAUAACUGUUGAUUUAGAUCCAAUCAAUUUUAUUUAUACUUUCAGAAAUUAUAUAAAUAAUAAAACAGAUUUAAAUUUAGAAGUAGAUAGUACACGUUAAAAUGGAUGUUGUUUUGAUGAAUUGGAUCUCAAAAUUCAAGUUUCAAUGCAAAAAUUAAAUAUUCUAUUGAAAAACUAUAUGUAAAUAGAAAAAGAAUAAGAAUAUUUAACAAUUAUAUAAGGAUUUCUUAAAAUUUAUGGAGAUUUUGCAAUAGCACCAGCUCAUUCACCAAAGCUUAGAUAAUUAUAUCCUAUUAUUCUAAAUUAACUUAAGCAAUUGAGUUAAAUUGAUUAUGAAAUGGAUUAAGAAUCAAUAUAGAAAUUAUAGGAUACUACAUCAGAUUUAGUUUAAAAUCUAUAAGCUUUUACAAAGUUGAGUAAUGAAUUAAGUUUGAAUUUUAAGGUAUUAACCUCAGAUCACACUGAAUCAUUAAUUCAAAGAAUUAGGUAAAAUUUUUAUUUAUUUAAGAAUAGACAAAUUUCAUUUAAUACAGGAUAUUGCAUCAGAAAGAUUAGCUAGAUAAAUGUCUUUAAAUCCAAAUUGUUGUGAUUUAACAUCUCUUUAUGUUAAAUAGAGUACAUAAUAAACAGUAUAAUAUAUUUUAUCUUAAAAAAAUCAAUUGAAAAGUAUGAUAUAUUUAUAUAUAUUUAAUUAGGAAAGGAUUAUGGUAGAAAAAGAUUGAUUUGGCAUUUAUUAAAAAAUUAAGUGGAUUUCUAAUCUUGGCAUCUCUUUUUUGAGAGACUCUUUUUAUAAUAAUUGAAUUAUAUUCCAAAUGAUUUAAAAUUUAAUUAAACUCUAAUGACUCAUACAUCUAAAUUAAUUAUAAAAGUAGAAGAUUUAAAAUAUAAUUUAUGGGGAAUAGGUUUAAUCUAGAAUGCAUAUUCAUUAUUCUUAUAAAAUCCUGAACAUUCUGAUUUUGACAAAUGGGCCUAAUAUCUAUUAUCAAAAUUAUUAAAUUAUUUACCAGUAUUAAGUAAUAUAAAUGAUGAUGAUAAUAAUAAAAUUAUUUUAGAUGAUUAGAAAGGUGGAAUAUUAUUAGAAUUUGAUUAAACAUUUAAAAAGGUUGUUAUAUUAAAAAAUAAUUUGCUUAAACUUUGUGCUAAAUUUAUACAUUUCUUAUCUAUUUCAAAGAAUAUAAGUGUAUUUGAUUAAGUGAUAAUGCAAAUUAAUUAAUUAUUAAAAAGGAAUGAAAAUGGAAUGUAUGAGAUUUUGAAUAUAAUUUUAAAAGAAUAUCCAAUCUCAUUAGCACCAAUAAGUGGUUUUCUUACUUUAAAAGCUAUUAAAAAGUUAACAGCUAAAGAUCCAAAUAUAGCAUAAGCAGCUAGCAAAUUAUUUGGAUUUCUAGUGCCAAUAUUAACUAUCAUGGAUAUACCAUAUUCUCCAAUAUCACCAUAAUUAAUUAAUAAAUUUUAAAAGGCAAAAGAAUUUUAAAUAGGAUUUGGUAAGAUGACAAAAGUGGAUUAUAAAUUAGAAGGUGGAAUUAAAGAUCGUAGUAUUUUAAGAGAUUAUUAGUGGGAUGGUAUUAGAUGGUUAGGAUUCUUAAUAAAAUAUAAUUUACAUGCAGCUUUAUGUGAUGAUAUGGGAUUAGGAAAAACUAUUUAAACAUUAGUAGUAUUAGCAAAUGAAGUAUUUAAAAGAAAAAAUGAAAAUUUGGUUUCUCUUGUUGUUGCUCCAAGUACAGUUGUAGAUCAUUGGUAUGCAGAAACUAAAAAGUAUAUAAGUAAUGCUGUGUUAAAACCACAUAUCUAUGAUGGAGUUUUUUAAGGAAAUUUUAUUAUGGUAUCUUACAAUUAAUUAUUAAAAUUAAAUCAAAAUUUUCUUAAUCAAGAAUUUUAUUUUUUAAUAUUAGAUGAAGCUCAUAUUUUAAAGAAUAGUAAAAAUAAGACUAGUAGAGUAAUAAGAAGCCUAAAAGCAAAACAUAAAAUUGUUUUGUCUGGAACACCUGUUUAGAAUCACCUAUUAGAAUUGUGGUCUCUUUUUGAUAUUUUAUUACCUAAUUAUUUAGGUGAUGAAGAGUAUUUUAAAAGAAACUUUUCUAAAGCAUUUCAUACAAAUAUCUUCUCAUUAACAGAAGAUGAAAUUUUAUUUGAUGAAUAAUAAAUAAAGACAUUACGUUUACUCCAUAAAAAGGUUUUACCUUUUAUUAUGAGGAGAACUAAAUAAGAUGUAUUACCACAAUUACCAGCUAAAAUUAUAGGAGAUUAUUAUUGUACUCUAUCAGAACCUUUAUAAUCCUAAAUUUAUUAAAUUUUAGAAUCAAAUUCAUUUUCUACUGAUAUUGAAUAAUAGAUCACUAAAACUUAAGGAGAAUAAAAAAAUAAAGUUUGUGAAUCUGUUCUUAAAUUAUUACAUAAAUUAAGAUAAGCUUUAGAUCAUCCAAUUUUAGUCAGAAGUGUAAUAUUACCUAAUAAAAGACCAAAAAAAAAGGUAAAAACAGAAAAUAUUGAAAUGUUGGCUGAAUAAGAAAUAAAUUUAUUGUUAGAUAAAUAAGAAAAGCCUGAAAGCUAUACUCAUUCAGGAAAGAUGAUUGCUUUGAAAGAUAUUUUACAAUAAUUAGGAUUUUAAUCAACAGAUGAUGUUCCUUAAUAAUAAACUCAAAGCGAUUAAAUUACAAUUUAUACAAAUUUUAAUAAAGUUUUAGUCUUUUCUAGAUUUAGAGCUGCUCUAUAAUUAAUUGCUGAGUAAUUAUUAAAAGCAUAAUUUCCAGGAUUAUAAUAUUUAAUUUUAGAUGGAAGUGUUCCAUAAACUUAAAGAUAUCCUUUAGUGACUAAAUUUAAUGAAGAUCCAGAUAUUCGUGUAUUACUUCUUACAACUUAAGUAGGUGGAUUGGGAUUGAAUUUAAGUUCAGCUAAUAUUGUUAUAAUGUUUGAUCAUGAUUAUAAUCCUGUAAAUGAUUAAUAAGCAAUGGAUAGAGCUCAUAGAAUUGGAUAAAAAAAUGUUGUUUAAGUUUUUAGAUUAAUUGUUAAGGAUACUUUGGAAGAAAAGAUUAUGGGAAUUCAAAGAUUUAAAUCAGCAAUAUCUAAAGCUAUUGUAAAUUAAGAUAAUGCUUCAUUAAAAUAAAUGGAAAAAACAGAUUUAUUAUCUAUGUUGGAAUCUACUGCUUAAGGAAACAAUAAAGGUAUUAUAUAAAUAUUAAUAUUCUAUAGAAAAAAACACUGAAGAAGAAUAAAUUGAAAAAUUAAGUGGCCCAUAUUCAAAGAUUUUAGGAUAACUUAAAUUGGAUCUAUUAGAAUAACUUAAUUUUGACAAAGAGUAUUGA